GGAGAUACGACAUGGGGACACACCGAUGGAGGUGUUGGUGGUGGUAUGACGGAAGUGGGAGGUGGAAGUCUGCCGGCGUACCAGUCUGGGACUGGAUAUCCAGAGAUGGGAUCGAGGAAGAGCCUGGCCUUUGCCAACCCAAGAGCCGUCAAUCUCAAGCCGUUUGUGUGGACAGGCAGGCUGUUCUCGCUGCUCCUGCUCAUCACCUCCAUCGCUGUCCUCAUCUGGUUCUCCACACAAGCUGGCAAUGCCCAGCAAGACGUCAAGAACUUUGUCAACAAGGACUCGAUGCAGAUCAUCGGCAUGAUCCUCUUGCUCUGGCUCUCGUUUCUCGGCACGGUCGUCAUGUCGCCGCCCAAGCUUGUCUUUACCGGCAUCGGCGGCUUUCUCUUUGGCUACGUCUACUCGGUCCUUAUUGUCUGGCUGGGGGCCAUGCUCGGCCGCGCCGUCACCUACUUUCUCGGCACCGACGUCUUGCUCGACUCGAUCGUCACCGUCUCCAACAACUAUCCGUUCUUCAAGCGCGGCUGGGUCCAGAUCAUGGCCGCUCGCGAGACGUCGCUUUCGACCAAGGCUGGCCUCAUCGUUGCUCUUCGCAUGUCCAGCCUCUUUCCCGACGCGCUGCUCAACUACGCCGUCGCCAUGACCCCGCUGCCGUUUAUCCUCUGGUGGCUGGUGGUUGGCGGCUACACUGCCGCCAUGUACACGCUGUAUGGCUUCUGGGGCACGACCCUCGACUCGAUCGUCAGCUCCAUCUACCGUAAGAAGGCUCCCAGCGGCACUUUUUGGCUCUACGCCAUUCUCGCCGUCCUCUUCACCGCCGCCUACAUCGUCAUCGCCAAGCUGGCCUCCAAGUGGCUCAACCGCGAGCUCGAGAACUAUGCCGUGACCCAUCCCGAGGCAUCUGGCCUGCCUGCGCCUCAAACCGCCGUCUGA